AAACUUAGGUAGCAAGCUUUCGCUGAGUAGUGGUGGUGGUCGUAGUAGGCAUCGACAAUUGAAAUUGACACACGCAACUCUUUCUUCUUCUUCUUCUUCUUCACUCUCUCGGUCUCUGCAAUUGAGACCCCAAACUCUAGGGUUUUUGUUGGCACAGACACAGAGUCCCAACAUCAACAGCAACAACAGCAAAAAUGUCACAACAGAGUGGGAAGCUAAUGCCAAAUCUGGACCAACAGAGCACGAAGCUCCUCAACCUCACCGUUCUCCAGCGAAUCGAUCCCUUCGUCGAGGAGAUCCUCAUCACUGCUGCUCACGUCACCUUCUACGAGUUCAACAUCGACCUUAGCCAAUGGAGCCGCAAGGAUGUCGAAGGAUCUCUCUUUGUCGUCAAGAGGAAUACUCAACCUCGGUUUCAGUUCAUUGUGAUGAAUCGGCGUAAUACGGAUAAUUUGGUGGAGAAUCUAUUGGGAGAUUUCGAGUAUGAAGUCCAGGCUCCAUAUUUAUUAUAUCGAAAUGCCUCCCAAGAAGUGAAUGGCAUUUGGUUUUACAAUGCACGUGAAUGUGAAGACGUUGCAAAUCUGUUUAACAGGAUACUAAAUGCAUACUCCAAGGUGCCUCAAAAGUCAAAGGUGUCUCCCAACAAAAGUGAGUUUGAGGAACUGGAAGCAGUCCCAACUUUGGCAGUUAUGGACGGUCCUCUAGAGCCAUCAUCAUCAACUGCCUCCAAUGUCACAGAUGUUCCUGAUGAUCCUUCCUUUGUGAACUUCUUCAGUGCAGCUAUGACUGUCGGUAAUUCUUCAAAUGCUGCAAUAUCUGGACAAGCUUACCAGUUCCCUGCAAUGGUCCCUCCACCUUCCCAUCCGGUCAGUGUUGCUGCUCCAACCAUGCCCACCUUGCAAAUACCACCCCCUCCUUUGUCAUCAUCUAUUCCUUUAAUGCCCCACCUUGAUACUCCUGAAUCCAACAGCAACAGCAACCUGACCGCUAAUCUUGUAAAGCCUUCUUCAUUUUCUGUUCCUCCUUCCUCUGCAACAAUGAUCCCACUUGUCUCUUCAUCCAUGCCUUCUGCUCCUCCACUUCACAACCUACAACGCCCCUAUGGUGCACCGUUGUUACAACCUUUUCCACCUCCCAAUCCUCCACCAUCUCUCGCUCCUUCUCCUAUUCCAACUCCAAACUAUGGACCAGUUAUAAACCGAGAUAAAGUCCGAGAUGCACUUUUGAUGCUUGUUCAGGACAAUCAAUUCAUUGACAUGGUGCAUCGAGCUCUUUUGAAUGCACACCACUCAUAAUCAAUUGGAAGAGGCUUUGUGAUCCACAUGCUGGAAUUUUGUUUAUUAUUUAGUUUUUAUAUUGUUGAUUUUUUCCUUUUUGUUUUUUAAAUAACCUUUCUGGAAGUGUGCAAGGAGAUUGUAUAGCAUUUACAUCUGAUCACCUUUCCAAUGAUAGUACUUUUUAGUUUUUAUUAAGUGAAAAUUAUAAUAUAGGUUGUUUGGACAUAUUUCACAUGUAAAGUUUACACUCCUAUAGUUUGGACUAAAUUGCAAAGUAUUUUAUUUUUUCCCAAA